UCCCAAAUUGAAAAAUCUCAGAAACCAAACAAACAACUCACCUCUGCAAAAUUUUCCCCUAAAACCCUAAAGAGCACAACUUUUCCGGCUAGAGAGCUCUCCGAUGGCCGCAAUCAGUCUCCGGAAGGGCAACACCCGGCUGCCGCCGGAAGUGAACCGGGUCCUGUACGUCCGGAACCUCCCGUUCAACAUCUCGAGCGAGGAGAUGUACGACAUCUUCGGCAAAUACGGCGCGAUACGGCAGAUACGUAUAGGUACGAACAAGGACACCAGGGGCACGGCGUACGUGGUGUACGAGGACAUCUACGACGCGAAGACGGCGGUGGACCAUCUCUCCGGGUUCAACGUGGCGAACCGGUACCUGAUCGUGCUGUAUUACCAGCAGGCCAAGAUGGGGAAGAGGUUUGAUCAGAGGAAGAAGGAGGAGGAGAUCGCUAAGAUGCAGGAGAAGUACGGCGUCUCCACUAAAGAUAAGUAAAUUGAGAUCUUCUUCUAGCUCAAGAAUUUCUAGGGUUUUAUGUUUGUUUGUGUAUUUCGAAAUUCGGAGGAUUAUGUAAUAUGAUAUUUGGAAUUUUGAGUAAUCCGCUUGAAUAGAUAUGCAACAGAUAAUGAUAUCUACUGUUUGGUUA